GACGUGCGAUGUUGGAUAGGUGGCUUCACGCAGUCAGUAUUUGUCUCGUGCAAGCACUCGGAAAAAGAUCACAGACGGAGCUUAUUCAGCUCCCAUCACAUAACGCACCUACCUACCUUCCUUGCUACCUACCUACGACAAAUAAUAAAGACGGGGUCCUCACAGCAUGCUCAUCACGACCUAUACUGGCUGUUCUCAAUGACGUAUUCGACAGUGAGGUCGGCCCCAUACACUCUGCAUGACGACUGGCCCAGGUCCAUGUCGACGUCGAUGCGCACCGACCGGUCGUGGCUGGGGAAGUCCGGCUUCUUGCCGCCGAUGAAGAGCUCCGCCGACCUCAUGUACUCAGUCAGCUUCCGCUCCAACUCGGGGGUCAGAUUGAAGGCACCGUUGGAGUACACUGAAUCCUACACACAAAGACAGGCAGGCCACACAUGGCAUGGAUGGGCACACGCGUCCAUUAGUGGCUCGUCUUAAGUACUCGGUCCAUGAAGAUCUUGGUCUUCCUGAGCUGCUCGUCGGUCAGGCCCUCCCCCACCCGCCCAAGCGCACUGCCCAAUGCGCACGCCAGGCGGCCAAUGUUCGGAUCGUUGCCUGAGGGCAGGCAGGGAAAGAGCGACCCAGAAAGACGUGACAAUGGAUGUGCAAGCAUGUGGGUGCGUGCCUGCGAUAGCUGAUUUGAGUAGGGGCGAGUUGAUGACGCUCUUGGCCAGCGCCUUGGCGAUGGCGAAACUGGGCGCCCUGCUCACAUUGCACUCGAUCACAUGCUUCACACCUGCCUCCCCACACACAGAGAUGAACACACACUCACAUGUGCACACGGAAAGCAUCGUCUAUCCCUCUGUCACCGACUGGCUGACCUUCUCCAUUGCGGACGAUCUCCUUGCUGAGCUGCCGCGACACCUCAAAAAGCGCCUCCUGGAACUCAAGCAGCUGCGCAUCGGGGUCACUGUCACCAUCACCGCCUCCCAGCGGCACACGAUUCGACGACAGCAGCCAAACAGUAUCGGAGGUCGACUCGUCGGCAUCGAUGCUGAUACAGUUGAAGGUCUCAGCCACCACUUUGUCCAGCGUCUUCUGCAGCGUAGCACGCGGCACGGCCAUGUCCGUGAGGAUGAAGACGAGCAUCGUGGCCAUGUUGGGUUCGAUCAUGCCGGCCCCCUUGGCCACGCCCACCACCUUGGCGCCGUUCUUGAGGGUGAUGCCGAACGCCUUGGGGUAGGCGUCGGUCGUCAUGAUGGCCCUCGCAAAGUCCGCCACCGAAUGACUGCCGAUGUCCUUCUCCUUCUCCACCUGGAACCGUGACUCGAUCAGCUGCGGGAUGGCGCUGGCCAUCUCCUUCAUCGGCAGCUCCCAACCUAUGAUCCCCGUCGACGACACUGCGAUGUUCUCAGCCGACCAGUCAGGGCCCAGCCCGUUAGCCACGUCCACACACAAGGUCUCUGCCUUGUCCAUGCCGUGCUUGUUGGCCGCGUUGGAUAUCCGGUUGUUGACCAGCAGACCGCCCAUUUUCGUUGACUCGGCCAGCCGCUGUCUGCCGAGCGUCACGGGAUGGCCGCAGAAGCGGUUUUUGGUGAAGACGGCGGCGAAGUUCUCGGAGGGCUUCUCGGUAGUGAGUAGCGCCAUGUUGAGCUUGUAGGGCUUCGAGCUCUCCAGGGGCAGCUCCUGAGGGAAGAAGAUGAUGUCCUUGGCCACACCCAGGUAGAAGCCCUUGGGCAGCGGCAGGUUCUCCAGCCGGUCAUAGUACGCACGUCGGGCCUCUUGUGCAUCGCUGUCUAAGCCAUCUUCAGCAGCAGAGCCCAGCAGUGUCUGCAGUGGCCUUCUCCCCUUCCGCAGGCUCGCUAGAAAGGACAUCGAAUGCUCUGCUCCCACCCUCCUCCUCAGAGAGAGAUCAGACGUCCUCAGUGCCUCUGGUCUCCCGCCGAUGAGUCGAGACGAGCUGGUGAUGAAUGCACUUCCACGACGAGAAGGUGCCGAUGGUAGAUCCGUCGCUGCGACUCUCCCACAAGCGCACAGGGCGGCAAGAAAUCUGAUUUGCAGCACAACCAUCAGGUGCAGCGGCGGCCUCGCCAUGAUGCAUGGAAGCGCACGCCUUCGCCG